UAUAAAUAUCGUCUCCCUCCCGCUUUGUUUACAUUUUUACUCUUUUGUCUCCGAAGCUUUGCGCGAUUGAUCUGCGCUUCACCCCCUUGAAUCCCAGGAAGAGAUUCAAGUUGAUUUGGGAAGAGGGUCUGGGGUCUGUCAGCCGGAUCUACCUUUUAUUCCUUCAGGAAUGGUUUCCAAAACGGCUGUGGUCUUGCUGAUGGGUCUCUUGGGAAUGGUUUUUCAGGCAACACAACUCCCCCCUCCACAAACUACUAGGGCAGCAGAGCAUUCUCCUGUAACCUCAUUAAGAAUCAGGCUCAAAGAUGGAAGGUACUUGGCUUACAGAGAGAGAGGUAUCCCCAAAGAAAAAGCUAAAUACAAGAUCAUUCUUGUGCAUGGCCUCGGAAGCUCCAAAGAGAUGAACUUUCUGGCACCCCAAGAACUAAUAGAUGAAUUGGGCAUAUAUUUUCUACUAUUUGAUCGAGCGGGAUACGGAGAAAGUGAUCCGGACCCAAAGCGCACGGUAAAGGGUGAAGCGCUUGAUAUUCAAGAACUUGCUGAUCAAUUACAGCUAGGAUCCCAGUUUUAUGUGAUUGGAGUCUCAAUGGGAUCAUACUCCACAUGGAGUUGUCUCAAAUAUAUACCAGACAGGUUAGCAGGUGUGGCUUUUGUAGUCCCAACUGUGAAUUACUGGUGGCCUUCUCUACCUGAUAGUUUGAUUAGGGAGGACUAUAGGAGGAAACUUCUGCAGUGGUCAAUCUGGUUUGCAAAUUAUGCUCCUGGACUAGUCUACUGGUGGGCAACUCAAAAAUGGCUUCCUUCAACUUCUGGCCUGGAAAGAAACCCAUUAUUCUUCAAUGACCGAGAUAUAGAUAUUUUGAAGACUAUAUCAGGAUUCCCAAUGCUCACCAAGGAUAAGUUACGAGAACGAGGUGUUUUUGAUACUCUCCGCCGUGACUUUAUGCUAGCUUUUGGAAAAUGGGGCUUUGAUCCAAUGGAUCUUAGCAAUCCAUACCCUCAAAAUGAAAGCUCCGUGCACAUAUGGCAAGGUUAUGAGGAUAAGGUUGUGCCCUUUGAGCUUCAAAGAUUUGUUUCAGGAAAGCUACCUUGGAUUCGAUACCAUGAAGUUCCAGAUGGUGGGCAUUUGCUUGUGUAUUACUCUAGUGUAUGUGAGGCCAUUUUAAGGGCGCUUUUGCUUCGAGAGGAACCAGUUUCAUAUAGACCUAGAACAGCCAGAGAUUGGUAUUAAAGUUGUCUCCACUUUACAAAGAAUACUUAAAGGAGAAGAAGCUGCUACCAACCAGUAUGGUAUUGCAAGGAAUUGAAGACCACAAUGAUGCACUGGCACCAAUAUGGUACAAAAAGGCAAAAUGAUGGGCUCCAAAUUGGUUGUUAAAGCUCAUGUCCUACAAUUUUCCCACAACCAUAAUACCUAUCCAAUUUCAAAGCAAACAGAAGGAAUAUUAGCUCCGAUUAUUCUACUAAAAGAUUCUGAUAGUGUAUUCAUUUCUUAGAUUUGUCAGAGUUGCACAUAUUGACAUUAAAGAGAAUCAUGAAUUUGUCAAAAUUAUUAUUAAUAGAUAAUACAAAUUUUAUUGAUA